AGUCAUUCAACAAUAUCUUGAUAUGAUUGGUAAACCCUUCCUGCCUGCUUAUUGGGCGCUUGGCUUCCAAUUUGGCUAUUUGUUGCACGGAGAAGUCGAUACGUUGGAAGAAUUCGUUGAUGAUAUUAUCAACAAUGGAAUACCUUUAGAUGUAGUGGUGUAUGAUCACGACUUCCUGGAUAAGUUUAAAGAAUUCAUCAUUAAAGACACCAGGACUUCAGAAUACGUGAAUAAGUUGCACAGCAUAGGAAUACGAAGUGCAUUUGUCUCCAAUCCCGGCAUUGCCGUAGACUACGAACCCUUUGAAAGAGCGCUUGAAAAGAAAGCUCGUUUCAUAGAAUGGGAGACGAAGGAGCAAGUCAUGACAUCCAUUCAAAGCAAAUACCCACUAGCGCAGAAUACAAAAUAUAUGCUUGGACUACAAAGGCCGAAAGUACAUACUGCUUACCCUGAUUUUCUGGACCCAAGCAAUAAUACAUCUGAAUGGUGGAUUGAUGAGUUCAAAAGGUUUCACGAACAGGUGUUCCUUUGAUGGUAUUUGGAUUGACCUAGAUGAGCCAGUCAGCUUCGCAACCCACGGAGAAGUACUUGUCAUCUUCGGCUCGCAUAAUUAUGACGAACUAAAGCCCAUCGAGUGUGCGAAAUCGACCACGGAUAACGGCUGGGAAUGGGAUGUACCACCGUACCCUACGGGAGGUGCAGGGUCGAAAACUUACCUGGCAUCGGGAACUUUAUGCAUGCUAGCAAAAUUAGGUGGAGGCGCCCAACGUCUAUACGAUGCAAAAAAUUUGUAUGCGUUAAGCGAAGCUAAAGUAACUUUGCAAGCAUUAUACGAAGCAACAAAGAAACGUGGAUAUCUAGUAUCAAGGUUUACAUUUGUUUCGAGUGGACGUUAUGCUGGUCACCUGCUAUUCAAUACUAAUUCGACGUGGGAAGAUCUUCGUAGAACCGUCGUCGAAGUUCAAAGAUUUAACAUGUUUGGCAUACCAUACGUAGGAUCGGAUAUUUGCGGAUACGAAGAAGACACAACUGAAGAGCUUUGCCUGAGGUGGCAGCAAUUAGGAGCGUUCCAUUCAUUCAUGAGAAAUUUUAAUGGUUAUCAAAGUUCACUCUAUCAAUACCCUAGUCAGUGGUCCACUGUACGCGAUGCAACUAUAAAUGCAAAUCGCUUCCGUUAUCGUUACAUGCCUUAUCUUUACAGCCUGCAUUUCAAAGUAUCAUUGUAUGGAGGAACCGUUAUCCGGCCUUUGUUCUUUGAAUACCCGAAAGAUCCGAACACCUACAGGGCAGAUUACCAAUUUCUAUGGGGAAGAUCAAUGCUUGUUGCCCCAGUUGUUUAUGAGGGAGAGAAAAGUGUCGAUGCAUACGUGCCCGAGGACGACUGGUACUCCUUGUACGACUACAACUAUGGCCAGAGGAUCAACAGUGGACAUCAAAACUUGCUUGCUCCUUGGACGUUCCAUACCCCAGUUCUAAUAAGAGGAGGUUCAAUAAUACCACGUCAGCACCCUGAGAAGACAACAGAUAACACACGGAAAAAUCCAUUUGAACUUUUGAUCGUUCCUGGAGAAAGGAAUGGUUCGGCAAAUGGUUUUCUGUACUGGGACGACGGUGAAAGCAUCAUUGACUCAUUCGACAAUCAUCCAUAUUAUUCAUGGAUAUUCUUAUUCUCGGUGAAUGAAAAGGAAGCGACACUUAUUAUUGAAAAGCAACGCAAAGCUGAAUCUUUGGCAGUUCCCAAG